GUGUACCAUCGUCAAAUCAAAGGUGUACCAUCGUCAAAUCAAAGGUGUACAAUCGUCAAAUCAAAGGUGUACCAUCGUCAAAUCAAAGGUGUACCAUCGUCAAAUGAAAGGUGUACAAUCGUCAAAUCAAAGGUGUAUCAUCAUCAAAUCAAAGGAUGUACCAUCGUCAAAUCAAAGGUGUACAAUCAUCAUAUCAAAGGUGUACGAUCAUCAAAUCAAAGGUGUACGAUCAUCAAAUCAAAGGUGUACGAUCAUCAAAUCAAAGGUGUACGAUCAUCAAAUCAAAGGAUCAUUAUCAUAUUAAAG